GAGCCCCCAGGGGAGCCGACCCCGAUGCCGAGCCGGGCCCCGCACGCCCCGGUGGAGCGGGCGGAGCGCGGCGGCCUCGUCGUCGAGGAGGCGGCCGCGGUGCCGCCGGUGCUGGCGUACGUCGAGACCGUCGCCGCCGCCGCGCCGGAGACGCUCGCGUCGCCCGCCCUGCCGCUGCCCCUCGUCUCCGCCGUCCCCGCGGUGGCGGAGGCGGCGCGGGGCGAGCUGAGCACCGCCGAGCUGCUGGGCGUGGUGCUGGUGCUGCAGCGCAAGGUGAAGGUGCUGCAGCAGCGGCACCGGCGGCACUGCGCCCGCCUGGAGGCCGUGGAGGGGCUGCUGGAGCAGCUGCGCCGCCGCAGCCCGCUGCCCGGCGGGAGGCUCGAGCCGCUCGAGGCGGCCUGCCUGCAGCCGGAGCCGGUGCCACCGGAGCCCGCCGGCGCCGUCACCAUCAUCUGCGGCCGGGCCGAGGACGCGCUGCUCUACGCCCUGGCCCCCCCAGCGCCCCAGGGGACACCGGGGACACCGCCGGGGACACCGCCGGGGACUCCGGGUGGCCUCGGCCCGCAGCGGCCGUGACGCGGUGGCACCGUGGCGGAGUGCCGGGGACGCUUUGCUGCGCUCGGGGGGCGUCGUGCAGAGCCGGGGACACCCCCACCCCACCCCCCCCCGGGCCGGGGGACGCCCCCCCCAGAAGCCAGGGGACACCCCCCGAGGCCAAGGGACACCUCCCGAGGCCAAGGGACGCCCCCAAAGCCAGGGGACCCCCCCCCGAAGCCAGGGGACCCCCCCAAAACCAGGGGAUCCCCCCCCGAAGCCAGGGGACACCCCCAAAACCAGGGGACCCCUCCCAAGGCCAAGGACGACCCCCCCAAAACAAGGGGACCCCCCCCCGAGGCCAGGGGACCCCCCCCGAAGCCAGGGGACACCCCCAAAACCAGGAGACACCCCCCAAGGCCAAGGGCGACCCCCCCGAAGCCAGGGGACCCCCCCCCAAAACCAGGGGACCCCCCCAAGGCCAAGGGCGACCCCCCCAAAACCAGGGGAUCCCCCCCAAGGCCAAGCCCCCCCCCCCGAAGCCAGGGGACCCCCCCCCCAAAACCAGGGGACCCCCCCCCGAAGCCAGGGGACACCCCCAAAACCAGGAGACACCCCCCAAGGCCAAGGGCGACCCCCCCGAAGCCAGGGGACCCCCCCCAAAACCAGGGGACCCCCCCCAAGGCCAAGGGCGACCCCCCCAAAACCAGGGGAUCCCCCCCAAGGCCAAGCCCCCCCCCCCGAAGCCAGGGGACCCCCCCCCAAAACCAGGGGACCCCCCCAAGGCCAAGGGCGACCCCCCCAAAGCCAGGGGACCCCCCCCCCGAAGCCAGGGGACCCCCCCCAAAACCAGGGGACCCCCCCCCAAGGCCAAGGGCGACCCCCCCAAAACCAGGGGAUCCCCCCCAAGCCCCUAUAGCCCCAAUAAACCUUAUAGCUCCCAUAGCUCCUAUAGACCCCAUAGCCCUCAUAGCCCCCAUAACCCCAUAGAUUCUAUAGCCCCCAUAGCCUCUAUAGUCCCCAUAGAUCCUAUAGCCCCCCUAAGCCCUAUAGCUCCUAUAGACUCUAUGGCUCCCAUAACCCCUAUAGCCCCCAUAGCCCCAUAG